AUCGGUCCCUUGACGACUUGCUCUUUUGUUGACUCGUUCUCCCAUGCGCUGAAGUCUCGGCCCUUCACUGGUCUCGCAGACUUGGCGCACGGGUAGACGAGUCGGUUUAGGUCGGUGCAGGCUGUCAUGCCAGGUAGAGUCGACGACGCGCCGGACGUCCCGCUCUGGACAAUCUCCACCUCCAACGAGCCCUCCUUCGUGAUCGAGACACGCCACGGCCUCAUACGCGCCCCCAAAGCCGACCUCCCCUCACAAUGCAAGUUUUUCAAGCGUGAGCUCAUGCGCCACCCCGCCCGCACCCAACCCCCCACCAUCACCUUUGACGGCCAGACGUACCUCCGCGUCAAGAUGCUUGACGACGAUCCCGCCGCGCUCUUUGAGUUCGUCGACGCCCUCGCGCGCCCGCCCGACCUCCUCGUCGUCUAUCUCCGCCUCCGACGCCACACCUUCCCCGAGAUCGCCUCCCUCGCGCGCCUCGCCACUCGGUACAACGCCCGCCACCUUCGCGCUGCCUGCGCACUACGCCUCGAGGCCGUCUGCGCGACGCGCCUCCUCGGCACGCACGAUCCGGCCGAGUUGGAGCAGCUCUGGGCGCGCGGGCGCAUGUGGCGUCCCUUCCCCGCCCUCGGGCGCAUCCUUGCGCAGAACGACGUAGUGCGCUGCGCCGCCGUCGCUGCGUUCGACAUCCGCGAGGAGGCGCCUGCGCUCGUCCAAGCGUGCCUCGCGGCGGACCUCCCGCGCCUCACGCUGCUCGCUCGUCUGCUUGUGACGUGCGUAGGUGCAUUUGAUGCGAUGGGGGGCGCGGCUAUCGACUCUGGGGACCGCUUGCUGUGCUACGCCGCGCGGAGUCGGCUACGUGGACUGCUCGAGCGGCAGGUCCUGGCGCCACUGUUCAGCGCACCUCGCUACGGCUGCCUAGCGCCCCGAGGCCAAUGCGCCUUCGUCCGUGAGGUUGUCGAGCGCGAGCUGCGCGGGGACGGUGAGCUCAGGUCUAUCCUUCUCGGCCUCGAGCGCUUUCGCGCGGACGGUCGCGUCUUCGCAGAGCCACCCGAGCCACCCGCGAAGGACAGCAGCAGCUUCAAGUCGUUUAGGGGACUCUCGUUCCGCCCGCCGUCGUUCAAGAGUCGGCGGACCGUGUCGGGAGGCGGGAGGAUACAGGGCACUGCGGAUAGGUUGGGCCUGGCGAGUGGCUCGAGUGGCGAGAGAAGCUCCGGCGGGGGAAAGUCUUAUGGAGGAGGGAGGAGCUCGGGCGCGAGGAGCUUGGCAGGGUGGAGGAUAUCAGGGCUGGGAAGGCCUUCGCGGGCUGCAUCCGUGGACGGCAGGACCAUGUUGGGUGGCCAUCGCUCCCCGUCGACCAACGGUCGCAUCAGCCCCUUCGUUCACGACCAUCGAAGUCCCUCCGUCAACCGCCACGGCGACCCCUCCAUCAUCCGCUCCCGCACACCCUCCCUCAUCGGUUCGCGUAACCCAUCCAUCGACGGCCACCACGACCCGACCAUCGGCGGCUCGAGUCCGCCCGCUAUCACGCUUUGCUCGCGCUGUAGGGAGCGAGCGGAGAGGAAGUUACGGGAGGGCUUCGACAAGUUCUGGGAGGAGGUCCCGCGGAUAUUCGAUACGGCGGCCUGGCAAGUAUUGUAUAAGGACGAUGUGUGAGGGGCCUGCUUGAUGUGGCUGGCGAUGAUCCUUCUGUUGUCGGGCUAAUAUGCCUGUUGAGGCAGAGAAGUCAUCACCCAUGUCUCGUCGUGUCGGGAGCAGGCUGAUGAAAGUGUCUCUAUGCAGAGAGGUCCUGGUACUCGGCUAAGCGUCGAGCAUAUGCUCGUACCAUUGUAGUUAUGACUAACCUAUUCUCUUCGUUCUACUUCGGCGACCUUUGUUACAUGGUCGACCCGAUUACAUGAUU